AUGAAGUCGAUAUUAAAUAUACAUGUUAUUCAAAUUCUGUCAUUGGCAGUAUCGGUAAGUAAUUCUCAUAUAAUACAUGAAGAAAAAAGCGGGAAUAAAGAGUAUGCCGGAGCUGUGGAUUUAGAAAACAUUCCGCUAGGAAAUAAAGUCAAAAAAUCAGUAGCUAUUAAAAAUAAAAACGAUCUUUGGGAUGAAGGUAUUAUUCCUUAUGAAAUUGAUGACAUGUUUACUGGAAAACAACGCACUAUUUUCAAACGAGCGAUGCGAAUGUGGGAACAGUUUACUUGCGUUCAGUUUAUUGAAAGAGAUCCUAAGAUACAUCCCGAUUACGUCUUCAUCACUAAAUUAGACUGCGGCUGCUGUUUCGACGGGAAAAUGCCAAGAAAUAAUGGGCGCAGUGAAUUAAGUUUGGAUGAUGGCUGUGAUACAUUGCACAUCGUCCUCCAUGAACUGGGACACGCUUUGGGUUUUUAUCAUGAGCACCAACACCCAGAUCGCGAUGAGUAUGUCCACAUUAAUAGGCAAAAUAUCGAACGAGAAAAAAAAAAGUUUUUUCUGAGCGCAGGUUAUUGGGAAGAAUUUAGUAAAUUUUCACCUGAUCAAGUUGAUACUCUGCAACAGCCCUAUAAUUAUCGUUCCAUAAUGCAUUAUCCUCCAAAUGCUUAUGCAUAUCUUGAUUUUUUGGAUACGAUUGUUCCUAAACAGUUAGAUAAUGGCAGGAUACCAACAAUGGGUUCCUACGUAAGACUUAGCAUAGGCGAUAUAGAAGCUACUAAUCGUCUCUAUCAAUGUCCCAAGUGUGGAAGAACAUUAUUUGAAAAUAAUGGAACUAUUGAGUCGCCGAAUGACUCAGCCGAUUCCUCGACUACCGGCAUAGAUUAUUGUGAGUGGAGAAUCUCGGCAUCACAUGGAGAAAAAGUCGCUCUUAAAAUUUUGACUUUAAACAUUUUCAAAAGCUUUGAGUGUAUGACAGAUUUUAUCGAAGUUCGAAAUGGCCCAACAAUCUAUAGCCCUCUUUUAGGUAAAUACUGCGGCGAAGAAAAAAAUAUACUGAUUAUAAGUGACAAUCUUUUAGUGAGAUAUCGUAAAACUAUUGAAGACAAUAAAUUUAACAGUGGCUUUAUAGCAAACUAUUACAAAAUCUGUGGUGGUGAAAAAUCACUAUCCAGUAACGAUUCUAUUAUUUUAGAGUCACCAAAUUAUCCGAAUCGUUACGAAUCGAAUAAAGAUUGCUUAUGGGAACUAAAAGUACCAGAGAACCAUAGCACGACAAUAAAAUUUAAUUUUUUCAGUCUCGAAAUGAGCACAGAUUGUGCUAAUGAUUAUAUUGAAAUAGGAGUGAGUAAUGAUUCACAUUCGAAUAUUGCGACUUUUUGUGGUGAAAGAAGCCCAUGGGAAAUUACUUUGAAUUAUACGAGAAUUUACUUUAAUUUUGUUAGUAAUAAUUUAAAUGAAUAUGCCGGAUUUUCCGCAACGAUUACUACCGUACCGUUAAUAUCGAUAAGUAAUUCUCAUAUAAUAAAUGAAGAAAAAAGCGGGAAUAAAGAGUAUGCCGGAGCUGUGGAUUUAGAAAACAUUCCGCUAGCAAAUAAAGUCAAAAAAUCAGUAGCUAUUAAAAAUAAAAACGAUCUUUGGGAUGAAGGUAUUAUUCCUUAUGAAAUUGAUGACAUGUUUACUGGAAAACAACGCACUAUUUUCAAACGAGCGAUGCGAAUGUGGGAACAGUUUACUUGCGUUCAGUUUAUUGAAAGAGAUCCUAAGAUACAUCCCGAUUACGUCUUCAUCACUAAAUUAGACUGCGGGUAA